AUGAACGCCACUGACGAAAUGUUCGAAGACGUAAUGAAUUCUUUCGUGACUAUCGCGGCUAUGCAGAUUGCUCUUGUAGAUGUUUUAACAUCGAUAGGUAUAUUGCCGGAUGGUAUAGUCGGACAUUCCACUGGAGAAAUAGCGUGUGCAUAUGCUGACGGUGCGUUUACAUUAGAACAAACUGUCUUAGCCGCUUACUCUAAGGGUAAGGCUAUUGUGGAGUCCAAGUUGGAAUCGGGCGCUAUGGCGGCAGUUGGUUUGAGUUGGGAGGAGGCCAGAAAGAUGUGCCCAUCAAAUAUCAUUCCAGCUUGGUAUGGAUUCGCUAAUAGGCACAGAGAUAAAACAGACUCUUGA